UAUCGACCCGCGUCUCUCUCGAUCUGGGCGACGGGCCCAAUGGAUGGGAAACCAGUCACGGUGCUCAGUCCUCAGACCAUGCGGACGCCCCUGACGGAUGCUACAGCGAGAGUAAACAACUGUCUGACCCCGAUGACCGAGCGAGAGGAGCUCCGGCAACGACUCGCGCAGUAUCAAAUGACAUCGCCCGUGCCGAUGUCGAUUGCGACCAGUCCACUGUCUGCCGCGAAAGGGAGCAUAGGGAUCAACUGCAGCUCACCCGCACCGGGCUCGCGGCCGGGCACGAAUCGGAACUCGGCCGUCUCGGCGGCGUCGCUCGUGUCUAACCAGGGGAAGAGAAAGACGCACGUCGGACCAUGGCAGCUCGGGAAGACUCUGGGGAAGGGCGCGAGCGGACGCGUCCGGCUGGCUAAGCAUGCAAAUACCGGGCAGAUCGCGGCUAUCAAGAUCGUGUCGAAGAAGUCUGCAGCGAUUACCCAGAGCGCGAGUAUUGCGGGCAUGGAUAGGAAGGCUGGUCACUUUGCGGGCAUAGGUCCCAGACAGAUCCCGUCGGGCUUGGAGCGGGAGGUGGUCAUCAUGAAACUGAUCGAGCAUCCGAAUGUCAUCAAUCUGUAUGAUGUGUGGGAGAAUCGGGGAGAACUGUAUCUGGUGCUCGAGUAUGUCGAAGGAGGAGAGUUGUUUGAUUACGUCUCCAAACAUGGACCCCUCCCAGAGGAAGAGGCAGUGCGUCUGUUUAGACAAAUAAUAGCCGGCCUAGGUUAUUGCCAUCGGUUCAACAUCUGUCACCGGGACCUGAAGCCGGAGAAUAUUCUGCUAGACGGACAACACAAUGUCAAGCUUGCUGACUUCGGGAUGGCUGCUCUGCAGCCUAUGAAUCGCUUGCUCAACACCUCGUGCGGGAGUCCGCAUUAUGCAGCGCCCGAAAUAAUCGAGGGGGAUAUGUACCGGGGUGACAAGGCGGACAUAUGGAGCUGCGGUAUCAUCCUGUACGCACUGCUAACCGGUUUCCUCCCCUUUGAUGGAGGGGAUCUGCCGACCACGCUUCGUCUCGUGAAGAACGGGAGGUUCGAAAUUCCCCCAGAGGUCAGUGAUGAAGCUGCACAUCUCAUCAUGUGCAUUUUGGAGAAACGGCCAGAGUACCGGAUUAACAUGCGAGAGAUAUGGCAACAUCCCCUCCUGAAGAAAUAUGAGGGGUUCCAUCAAGCAUUGGCAACACAUUACGUGGGCCCUGCGCCGCCGCUGUCUGUUCAGGAUUGCGGCCCCCCUAUCAUCAGUAGGCAGGAUAUUGAUUUCGAUCUCUUGCGAAAUCUUCAAACACUCUGGCAUGAUGCUGGACCGGAUGCAAUCAUUCAAAAGAUAUUGAGCCCUGAAAACGAGCAGCUUGAGAACUACCAAGGUCCGGUCGCGCUGGCAUACUCAGCGAGCGACUACCAUCAUAUCUCGGCUCCGGACCGUACACCCAACAGGCGGACGCCUCGGGUGAAGAGCAGCGUGAAGAAGUGGACGCCCAUUCCAGUCGUGAAAGAGACCGGCAUACGAGCGAAGCAUCCUGCGGAGCCUAAGUCUUGUAACACGACAAGAAGCUACGAUCCGUUUAGAUCCCCGCAGGACAAAUAUGCCGAGAAAGAAGCCAAGUACGCCCAGAUCACAAUCUACCGAAACGGGGUCAUCGAGAAAAUCAAGGAGACGACACCUGGAGUUCCACGGCCACCCAUGCCCGUUGUCAAGGAUGACCCUGAUCAGGACGAACUCGGAUGUCCGCCCAGCUCCCCGUUUUUGUUGAUGCGCGAUAAGAAGGUGAAGAUGCAGUCGAUGAAAUCCUUCCAGUCAAAAAGCUCCAUAGGAUCUCGUCGCGCGCUGCAUGGCACGUCAACACCUCGUUCCGCUAGCUACAGACGAAACGUAUGCUUCCGCCAUUCCCGCAACCGUUCCCAGGGCUCAGUCUCGGUGAAGGGAAGGGCGGCCCGCUCCAGAGCCCACAUGAUGAAGCCUGAUUCCAGCGACAGCAGCCUUAUAACUAGUCCCGAGGGCUCGCAGGAUCAGCUCGCUCCAAACACCGCCACUAACCCUAAGCCGCGCCCUCCGUCGGCAGCAUCUCCGAAGUCUUAUACAGCCGCAGAGUUACUGGAAACAAGACGCAGAUUGAUUGAACUUUCCACUCAAAACGGAUCUGAGAAUAUCCCCGGUUACCUUGAGCCUGUGAUCGGGCAUUUUGAUCGGCUGAUCGAGCAAGACGAACAGAGAAGGCUCGGACGGAACACCCCUUCGCGGAAAGGCGAUACCCCGAAUCCAAGCCCACUUGCUCAGCCUUCGAAGGACCCAGAACCGCGCCAAAGAGCAUCCGAGGACCUCAGUGCAUCGUUAGACAGUCGCAACAAGGGCAAAGCGGCCUUGGACGUGCAAAGAGCCUCUUCCCAACCCAGCAUCCCCAAUUUCUCGGGCCGCAUCAGUCGCGAAGGAAGUGGAAAGCGAACAGUUCGCAUGGUACCUCAUAGUUCCGUGCAGUCCAUGGAGCCAACCAAGCAUCUGCACGUCCGGAAAAACCGCAAUGGCAUCCCGAAUGACACCGCAGAAUUCCCUCACGGCUACAACGGCCAGACCGGCAGUGAACCAUCUGUCGCGCCUACCCGCAAGUUUGCCUCGGUGAACUCUCGCCAGAGUCGAAUUCCCUGCGAGCUGGACCCCAUUGCAGAAAACCCGGGGUCUCCACGGCGCAGUGGUACUCGCACCUCUGAGCAUAAGAAGUGGUCAUGGUUCCCGAACAGGUCCCAGCCGUCGGCAGAGAAGGCAGCGAGGAUAUCGAUGGACGCGAGGCCAAUACAGCCCAGCUCCACGACGGUGAUCGUUCAUCCGGCAGAAGAUGCAGCAGAGCCCCCGGCAGAGGAGAACGCGAAGAGCCAGACACGCUCGCCUUCCAAGCCCAAGGGCGGGUUCUUUAGAAGACUGAUCCAUCGAAGAUCCAGUAAAGAUUCUCGGAAUCAAGGGCCUGAGCCCAACAGCACAGAAACCAACCCCUUACUCAGCCACUCCGAAGGCAGCGCCCAAUCAUUCGAUACAGAUAUCACCGAAAAGCCCCUCCCAGAACGACCCCGGAACGACGGCAAGAGCCAGAACUGGUUUGCUCGUGUGUUCCAAAUCAAGCCCGCCACUCGAGUAGUCGCUCUCAACACAUCAACGACCAAAGCCCGGAAGGACGUCCACAAGAUCCUCAAGGAGUGGAAGAAGUAUGGCAUGGAAGAAGUCUUCCUAGAUAAGGACCGCCGCAUCAUCUAUGGCAGUGUCGCCGAAGCAAACUUCCUUCGUCUCCGCCCCGUCCAAUUCUCCGCCGAAUUUUGUACGUACCUCGAACGCGGCCGACAGGAGAACCUCAGCCUCGUCCGCUUCCGACAAGAGCGAGGCGCCGCGUCCUCGUUCAACAAGGUCGUCGACACGCUGUACCUGGUCAUGAAGCAGCGGAACAUGAUCGUUGAAGACCCGGCCCGUGCAAAGGAAAUGGCUAGGAUCUUGGAUGCUUUUCCGGAUUCUUGAAUAAUCACCUUCUCCUCCAUUUGUUUCCGAUAUCUUUCGAUGUCCUUUUUUUUUGCAUCCAGCCAUAACUGACAUAAAACACUACCUGUCGGUGUCCUUCUUGCUUUUUCUUUCUUGAUCUUGUUCUGGAAACAUAAUCACUCAUCUGGACUGCGCUCCACUUGAUCUAGUCUUCGGUAGUACUCUACUCUACUCUACAUCCAUCGUUGUUGCAUAUAUCCGCGUGAAAAAAAUGAUUGGAUGGCCGGAUUGAUGGAUACUAGGGAUUCUGGCUUGGUUGUUUUCUGAUUCUUC